UGAAGGGGAACCAGGACCCCAGGGAAACAGAGGCCGGAAAGGAGACAAGGGGAAUAAAGGAAACCGAGGGCUCAUAGGGAUCACUGGAUACAUAGGAAUACCUGGAGCCAGAGGACAACUGGGCUACCCGGGAACAUCUGGACCUCCUGGAGACAUCGGUGGCAUUGGUUUUGUUGGAUCACCAGGCCCUCCUGGCAAAAUGGGGCCAAGAGGGCCAAAGGGGGUACCAGGAGUCAAUGGACCACCAGGCCAACCAGGUGAGCGAGGCCUAAGGGGACCACUCAGGCCUCAGGGAGAGCCAGGUCCUGAUGGGAUUGUUGGAUUCCCUGGCGUUCGUGGACCUCAGGGGAAAACAGGUGCAGGUGGGCCUACAGGUCCGAAAGGGGAUCCCGGUGACGCAGGUGAUGAGGGAAAUAUAGGAGAAUCCGGACUCUCUGGGAUUCACGGAGCCAAUGGCAAACCAGGAAAAACUGGACCCUCAGGUGACCCAGGGAUCAAAGCAUCUAAGAGAAGUGACAAGGGUGACCCAGGAUUUAAAGGGGACCAGGGUCGACCCGGGCCUCCAGGUAAAAGAGGCUUUAAAGGCAGAGGAGGAGCAUCAGGGCUGCUAGGUAAUGUUGGACCAGUGGGGCCCCCUGGAUUUCCUGGAACCACAGGUUAUGAUGGAAUCAUUGGGGAGAAUGGUAAGCAGGGAAAAGACGGGCCAAAGGGUGGCAGAGGUCUUAGCGGUGGGCCAGGCGUUGUUGGACCUAGAGGUGAUAAGGGGCGAGAAGGUCGAGUAGGAUUUGCCGGUUUGCCAGGGCCUUUUGGAGAGAUGGGGAAGUCAGGAGAGGGAGGAGCUGAAGGAGAACCCGGUAUUAAGGGGAGGACUGGAAUUCCAGGAGUCACUGGACUGAAAGGGCUGAAGGGACUUCAAGGCUAUCUAGGAGGUAGGGGACUGGAUGGAACACAUGGACCCCCGGGACCCAUCGGAGGAACUGCAUCUGACGGGGAUACUGGAUCUACUGGACUAAGGGGAAUGGUGGGGAAGACUGGGGCACCAGGGAUUCAAGGUCCAGUUGGGAAGAGUGGGGAUUCUGGUGGUAGAGGGAUCACUGGUAAGCCAGGAAAGCCAGGAGUCAGGGGUGCCAAAGGUAAAGAGGGUCCGAACGGCCUUCUGGGAAAUCCUGGCCUGAAGGGAAACAGAGGUCAAGAAGGUUCGAAGGGGAGACGCGGAAGUCCAGGCGUGCAGGGAUUGACAGGGAUACAGGGAUACAGAGGAGCUCCUGGCAUAGCAGGCAAUAUAGGACCAUGGGGUGAGGUGGGCCUCCAAGGGCCACCAGGGGACAAGGGGCCCCCAGGAUUAGUUGGGCCCCGUGGAGUUGUAGGUUACCCUGGUAAAGAUGGACCACAGGGAGGUAUUGGGCCAUUGGCAGACAAUGGGGAUAAGGGGUCCAGAGGAGCUAUCGGACAGAAGGGAGUUGCUGGUGUCGAUGGUGAGGAGGGCCCGACUGGAUUGUGGGGUCCAAUGGGGCCACCAGGACUGAAGGGGCUACCGGGUGAAAAGGGGAAGAUGGGCGCUCAGGGGGAAAGAGGUGGAAAGGGGAUCCAGGGAGACAGAGGCAACCAAGGUCAACAAGGACCAAAGGGCCCACUGGGGAAAGAAGGAUACUUAGGGCCAUCAGGGGACAGAGGGAAAGAAGGAGUUUCAGGACUUAAGGGCCAGCCGGGUAUCAGAGGCCCUACAGGUCUCGCUGGGCGUUACGGACCAGGGGGCAACACCGGAAGAGGCCGUGCCAAGGGAGAGAAGGGGCUCCCCGGAACCACAGGGCCUCCUGGAAGGUUUGGGCCUCCAGGCUUAGUUGGACCAAAAGGACCAACAGGUUUACCAGGAAAAAGAGGAGUCGAUGGAAAAAGUGGACUUGGUGGACUUAAGGGAGAUUAUGGGGAGAGGGGAAAGACUGGGGCUGGUGGUAUCAAAGGAGACGUGGGAUUGCAAGGUCCAAGGGGGAAGAAAGGAGAGUCUGGAACAGGAGGCAAAAUGGGGACAUUGGGAAAGAGGGGGUUCACCGGGUCUCCAGGAGGUAAAGGCAGAUCUGGGCCUGCUGGUGCCCCUGGAGAGAAAGGUGGUAAAGGAAUAGAAGGGCCAAAGGGAUUGCAUGGCAGCCCAGGAAAGAGGGGAGGCAGGGGAGUUAGAGGCAAACCAGGAGAAGAAGGCCCAUUGGGACCGGAUGGACCAGUUGGAAGAUCUGGAAAGCCAGGACUUGCUGGUUUGGAUGGAUUGCUGGGGGUUGAAGGAAAUGAAGGAGAUAAUGGUGAUAUUGGUUACAGAGGAACCCCUGGGAGGUCUGGUCUACCAGGGAAGAUGGGUCAAAGUGGACAACCUGGAUUGAGUGGUGGUCACGGAGCACCAGGGUCAAAGGGUAAUCUUGGAUCAAAAGGAAAACGAGGACCUGCAGGGCCAAUGGGGCCAAGGGGUAUUCCAGGGUUUGGAGGAGCAAAGGGGAAGUUUGGCCAGCAUGGAUCAAAGGGUCAGGCAGGCGGCAGAGGCCUGCAGGGACAUAUUGGACCACGAGGAAUCAAAGGGAAUCCAGGACUGCUGGGGAAUAAAGGGCGGCUAGGCCCAAAAGGCAUACAGGGAGACAUUGGUCCUCGUGGUCCACCUGGGAAAAAGGGCUUCCCUGGUCUACCUGGUCUCUUUGGAAAUAGGGGAAUGAAGGGGAUACAAGGAAUGCCUGGAGUUAAGGGACUGAAAGGUGUGCGUGGACAACCAGGAAAACCAGGUCCUCCUGGCCGUCCAAGAAACAGGCGACCUGGAGCCCUUGGUAAAAGAAGAGGAUCCAAAAAACAAACUCGGGCCAUGACCAGGAGAACGCUUACCUCACUGCCUGACCAGAACCCAAGCAGCUCCAUCAGCUGGCCUCAGGGCAGCAAAGACAGCCCUGCAACCACCUGCCACGAGCUGGGGCUGAUUCGUCCACACCUGCAGGAUGGACACUUCUACAUGGACCCUAACCAGGGCUGCCCAUUUGAUGCCGUGCAAGUCUUCUGUAACUUCACUGCAGGAGGGAUGACCUGUAUACCUCCUGUCCAGUCACAGAUAAUAGGAAAAUGGGAACCAGAAAAAAACAUGUCAAAAAAGUAUAUCCAGUGGUUUAGCCAGCUUGAUGGUGGCUAUAAGUCGGAGUAUGCUGGUCUUGAUGUGGUCCAGCUCCGAUUUCUACGGUUACACAGCCACUCUGCCUCUCAGCACCUGACCAUCGCCUGCCCGUUUAACCACAAUAGUAGAGAAAUCAGGAAAAAUGCAACAAGCAGGGUUCUUCACUUUCUGGGUGACUCUGGUGGGGAGAUUGGUUCAAGCUAUAUGACAGUAUCGAAGAAUGGUUGUGAAGUGGAGGUGGAGGUACGAGUGAGGGGAAGCACAGAGAUCCACAGAGGGGACAUGGAGCUGCUGCCCCUCAGGGAUGUUCGUAUGGAGGGAAGGGGAGACCACUGGGACACAGACCUCAGAGCUGUCCUGGGACCUUUGUGCUUUUUGUAGCUUCAGCUUAUCCAUAGAGAAGCAGCACGCUCUGACCAGUGUAUGGGUCAAGAACAUUUGGGUGCAAUUCCUCUUCAGGACAAAAGAAAUCAUCAUGUUGUGUGAUCGCUGUAGCAUUUGUGUAAUUGUGAUAAAAACUAGAGCUAUAUAAUAAAAUGUAGUUUUAGAGUUAUUUGUUAAUCUUAUCAUGUGUCUUUUAUAAAGAAAAAUAUAAAGCUGUUGUGUUUAUCUCCCGCAUUUCUAUUUUUUUGAAUGAUUCAUUUUUCUUAGUGAUGUACUGUGUAUAUAUAUGCUUCAUAUUAGAUUCAUGUUGUAUUUAAUUGUUAAGCUUUUGUAAGUAUGUCUUUGCUAUGAAUUGAUGUCUUGUUUUUUAUUCCUGUCGACUAAUACCUGAAGUCUUGAUGAACACCAAUAUCUGGAUGGUCUAAACUUCAAAUUGUUAUAAAUUGAAAUGUUACUUCAGUUUACUUUACAAUAACUUGAGCACACAUUUUAUGGUUUAUACCUCAAAUGCAGUAAACAGUAGUACACCCUGUUGUCACAAAUGGAAUUAACCGAAAUAUGUGCAAUGAAUUAUAUAAAUUGUUUUCAUAAGAUGAUGGAAAACUGUUGUAGUAGGCUGCUGUAUUUAUUACAGAACAUAAUUUGCAGGACAAUAAACCCAUGCUGGGUAAAACUGUUGUUCAUACAGACAGUGUGCAGUAGGUUACACAUUCAUACAUUGAGGACUUAGGUGUAGGAAUGUGUUCUCUCUUGUGGUGUCACUUCCCCAUUACACAUCCUCUCCUACCAUGCUUUUAGACCAGGGGUACUCAACUACUAUUUGAGAAGGUCCGGUCACACACAUUUCCUAGGCUGCAGUUUUUAAACUAAUUUCCUGCAAUUCUACACAUUACGCCUCCUGUGUUCAUAUGAUACCUUGAGUGAGUCAACAAAAUCAAUGUGGUCCCCCUGGGUGUCAAGGACCCCAUGGGCACAAUCUGGCCAUGAUAACUACAAGGUUUAAAUAGCUGAUUAGCCUAAUUUACCUAACAUGGGCUAGUAGUUGAUCAACUGGACAUUUCUGACAGGUUAUAUACUGUAGUUUACAAAGACUGUUGUUUAACAUUCUGUUAUCAAUGUUCUCUCUCACCAUUCU